CAUUUGCAUAUUCAUAAUUAUUAGACCGCCAUCUUGGAAGUGAAUUUAUUCACGACCAUCGGUAAAAUCCGAGGAAUAUCUUUACCAUCGCCCUCUUCAGUGAACGCCUGAAGAAAUUUUUAUUGUUUUCAACAAUAGCCCAGUGGAACGGACCCGUACUAAGCGGUUCGUUCAUAGGCUAAGUGAUUAGAAAAUCUUCAAUGAGUGCACAGGCAAGAUGUCCACAUUUUCUGGGAUAGGAGGAAGAGGUGAUAAGGGAUCGAACAAAUACAAAUCGCUUAAUAUAAACAAUAUAUACCAAGGAAAGAGUGUACCAACACAGAAAAGCACAGUACAACGUCAGCAUGGGUUGCAAAGUUUGGGUAAAGUGGCAAGCAUGCGGCGUAUGCCGCCCCCGGCUAAUUUACCAAGUUUGAAAAGUGAAAAUAGCGGAAACGAUCCAAAUAUCAACUUAGUUCCAACAGGAGGUUCAGGAUGGGGCAACAAGGAAAAGGAACAGGAGAAGACGACUGCACCAACAGGUCAGCCGCCAUCGACGCAGCCAUCGCAGGCUACUGCAGCGCCAUCCGCACAAUCUACAACAAAGACAACUGUUGCUGGGAGCAGUGCAACAGUGACAUCGUCAGCAGCACCUUUGGGGACAAACUCGGCACCGAAGUCCUGGAGCAGUGUAGCACUUGGAGAGAGGGGCAGGCCUCUUGGUCCACAUUCACCUUACCAGCAGGAGGAAUUUCCAACAUUAAAAUCAUCAGGGGAAGACAAAGGAAAAGAUGGCAAGAAAGAAGAAGAAGGAAAAGAUACUCAGUAUGGACCAGGGCCAAGUUUGCGACCACAAAAUGUCGCGAGUUGGAGAGAAGGAGGUGGACGUGGCGCCAUGCAACAGCAGCAAAACAAGCCAGAUUCACCAUCAUCACCAACAGGGCCUACGUCCCAAGGCCAGACAGAAACACAACAGAAUGGCCCCCAGACCUCAAGUCCAGUGGAACUUCCCAACCAGCCUCCAAGGCCUGGUUCGGGCCCCACGCCUGGAGGGCCCAUGACUAUGGGCCCUCCAAUGGGAAUGCCACCUCAGUAUCGGAUGAUGCCUCCUUAUAUGUAUGGCAGAUUCCCUCCUGGCUACCCACCAAAUUACCAAGGAAUGCCAAGACCUCCUUAUCCGUAUGAUCAAAGCAGGUUUCGGCAUCCUCCUCCUAUGCCAGCACAACCAAGACCCCCUGUUGGUGCUGAUAGUGAUGAUUAUAAAAGAGCUGCCAUCAUCUCAGAAAAAGAUCUGAAAGAGUUUGAUAACCUGAGACUUGAUCAGGAAGAUGAAGGAUGGGCUGGUGCACAGGGUGAAAUUGAUUACUCUGAAAAGCUUGUCUUCAGUGAUGAUGAUGACGAUGAUAAAGAUGGCAAACCCCGAUCUAGAAGAGGUGAAAAGAGAGAAAAGAAAGAUGACUAUAAUGAUGACGAGGAUGGUGGCAAGGGAGAACGUGGCCCUCCAAUGCCCCGAGAGGCCUGGGGAGGUGGACCUAUGCCUCCACAAUACAGAGGAAGACCUCCAAUGGGAAUGGAUGGGAGAUGGCAGAUGCCUCCAUUUGAUUAUAUGAGACCCCCAUCUAGAGGUCCUCCCUAUCCUCAGUAUGGAGUACCCCCUCCAGGUCCUCGUGCCCCAGGACCUUAUUCUCAUCCCCAGAUGACCCCACCUCAACCCCCUCAAAGUCCCCAGAGUCCAGGACCCAGUCCAAGUCCAAACCAGACUCCUAAAAAGAAUGAGACCAAGGAUGAGAUGGAGGAGGAGCACUGGAAAGAAAAACGCAUGCAGAGAACAGAGGAAAUGUCCACUGCAAUUCAGAGAGCUCGCCAAAGACGCGAAGACGAGGAGAAAAAGAUGGAGAAUGAUCGUAAAGCUGCAGCAGCAGAAAAAUUAAGACUGUUGGACGAGCGAAGCAAGAAACGAGAUGAUAGGGAUGUGGAGUCUGACAGCAAGUCAGAAGGAAGAUCAGAAGGUGGGAGAUCUAGUCGAACUCCGUCAGAGAGUAGUGAGAAGGACUUCAAAACGCAUAAAGAGCAACAUAAACACUCAGAGCCUGGAAAAAGUUCAAGAGGAUCUGUACCACCUAGAUUUCUAAAGCAGCAUUCUUCUGAGCAUCCCCCUACAUCAUCUAGACAGACAGGCCCUGGUACCCCUACUUCACCACAACCUCACCCGACACAGAUGAGACCUGGACAAGGACCACCCCCUCCCUGGUUUUGGCAUCCUUCUAUGCAGAUGCCGCCAUAUGCAUUUGGAAGACCUCCAGUUGACAUGCAGGGAAUGCCCAUGUACCCACCAAUGCGACGCAGGAAUGACAGUCAUGGGUCAGGAAACGAUGGACAGGAUGGAGAGGGAAGAACAGAAGCAUAUGAAAGAGACCCAAGACAGUUCUAUCAUCCCAUGCCUCCACAUCUCGCUCAAUUUGAUGGACGCGGUCCCCCACCUUACUUUGAUCAAAGAAUGUAUCCCGAGUAUGAAAAACAAAUGAUGGAUUAUGAGAGAAGGCAAGAGAGAGACCAUGAUCGACGGGAAAAGGAUCACAGAGCAGAUCGAAGCUUUGAAGAGGAUCUAGAAUAUGAUACUAGAGAACCUGAGAAAAGAGCACCAAGAUUACAAAGGGAUCCAUUUGAUGACACACCUGAGGACAGAUACACACCAUCACCAAAGGAGCUGAAGAAGGAAAGUAGAAAUGAAGAAAAGAAAGAAGACAAGCAGUCAAAAGAAGAUCUAAGGGAUAGAAUGGAUCACCAUUAUGAAGAGAGGAAAGAAAGGAGAGAAGAUAAAAGUGAUAACAGAAGAGAUGACUACAGUAGGAAAGAAAAAGAGUACGACUCUCACUCUCACUCUCAUUCUCAUUCUCAUUCUCAUAAAGGUUACGGCAACAAAGAAGGUCGUUCUAAACACCCAUGGCCUACAGAUGAAGGAGGCCGAUCCUACAGAGAAAAGAGAGAGUAUCCAAACUGCCCUCCACCAAUUUCUGCUCAACAAUCUCAACAGAACCUUCCACCAAGGUCCAAUUUAAUAACAUUGAAAAGACCUUUAUCUAAUACCAACGACAGGAAAGCUGAAUACUUAAAAGAACAGAGUGAUGCCAAAUCCAAAUCGUCAAACAAGGAUCAGCAAAGGGAUUCUAAAUCUGGGAAAGAAAACAAGACUGCAGAAAGGGAAGAAAGGUCAAAGCAACGAGAAGACCAACAGAAAGGAAAUGAUCAGGGUGAAAUUGAUGAAGUUGGAAAAGAUAAACAUCAAUCUAAAGCAAAAGAAGACAGACGUGAGAAAGAAGAUUCUGUUGGGCGUGAAGACAGGCCAUCUGCAUGGGAUAGACCUUUGCGAGAUGAUGGAAAAGGAGAGAAACGAUCUGACAGAAAUCAACCACCAUUAAAAAAGAAACGUGAAGAGUACAACGCAGACAAAUCGGAGAGGAGACAGCCGUCUUCUAGAGCCCGUGAGUUCGUACGGGGCAGAGGUGGCAAAGUCUCAAGGGGAAGCAAGUCAGCAAGCACUUCUACUCGAGGUGGUCGAGGAGGAAGUAGAGAUGGCUAUCCCCGUGGAUAUGAUAAGCGCGGUGAUAGGGGUAGUUACAGGACAGACAGAUCCAAGUCAUUUGGUGGCCAAUGGUCAGAUCAUGUGGAUGAACUAGAAUUAGAAGAGGAAAUGCAGAGAAGGAGAGAAAAAGCUGAGGAGGUAGAUUAUGAUGGCGAGGAAGGAUCCAGAUCACCUGAAGGCGCAAGAGAGCAGGCAGAUUCUGGACGAAUGAGAGAUCAAAGAGAAAGAAAAUCUGCUCCAGAACCAAAGCCAUUCAGUUGGGAAAAUCGAGCAAAAAGUAUGGAUCCUAAGAAAGAGGACAGUCUAGAAAGGAACAAACAAUUGGAGGAUGACAAAAAAACUGAUGAUGGUCAAAUGAAUAGAAAAAUGUCAUCUGAGGAGAAAUGGGAAUCUAGAAAUGGUCGAGGAUCAUUCCAACCCAGAGGUGAACCAUCAAAGAGGGGGAGAGGAGGAUCCUCUAGUAUGAGAGGAAGAGGUAGAGGCUCAUUGAGAGAAUCUGGAGAUAAGGGUGAUAGAAGAAAUUACUCAGCCCCAUCAAAAGGUGGAGGAUCGGGUCGUCCAGGACCCAGGGACGGGGGAGAGGUCUCAGAAAAAGGCCCACCUAGGAAAGAUAACAGAAGACAGGAAAGAUAUCCCCCACCUCCACGAUUUGCUCAGAAACGUGGGGGUUUAAACGAGAGGGGGAGGGGUGCUGAACGUGGUCGUGGCCGCGGCAGAGGUCGUGGUGGUAGUGCCCCUCCCACCACCUCCCUUGUUAAGCGACCACAGCUAAACAAGGAAAACUCACAGGAAAUUCCUGAGGGAGAGGAAUGGGAAACUGCAUCGGAGAGCAGUGAUGUGUUGGAGAAGAAGGAAACAAAAAAUGAGGGAAAGGACAAAGACAAGAGAGAUUCUACAGGGAAAAAGUUUUCUAGUCAAAGACCUCAGAAUGAAAGACAAGGCAGAAAGGGUGGACAAAAUGGUGACUGGAAAUCUAAUGGAGAUGUGUAUCAAGGUAGAGGUGCUGGAAAAGAAAACGGUUCAAAAAACGGGAUGAGUAGGGGUCAUCAAAGAGAUGGGCCCCGUAAACCUUACAGUUCCAACAAGAAAGACAGUAAUGUAUACCGUGUAGGUGAAGUGGUGCCUGAUGAUCCAAAUGCUAUUCAAUCUGCCAUCAACAACAGUCUCGAUCAAAAAAACUUGUAUGGCAGGAAAGCAGACCUUAGUGAUGUCUCCAAGGCAGCAAAAAUGGAGGAAAAGAAAAAUGCAUUAGCCAACAUAGACAUCAACAAUUACGCAAGUGUGGUUGUAAUUGAUGAGGUUCCUGAGGUGACCAAUGAUGACCCUGCUUUCCUGUUCGAACAAAAUGAUGGUUUUCAAGAGGUCACCUCCAAGCGCACAAUUAGAAGUAAGCAGAAAGCACAACAGGAAAUAGAACUUAUGAAGCAGAAGGAACUAUCCAAAAAAUCUGUCUCAAAGGUUGUUGUCAAACCGAAAAGUGCUCAUGCCAAAGUGUUAAGUGUGGAGAAACAACCAAGAUACAAAACCAGCAAACUACCUCCUAGACUGGCAAAGAAAAAGGAACAGAUGGAGAAAGAAAGGAAGGAAAACAAGGGGUUUGAAAUGAAGAUUGAAAACUGGGACAAUGAACUGGCCAACAAUAUUCCUGCUCACUCAGACGGCUUGGGGAUCACUGCAGACCAGAAAGGAAUGAUGAACACGAUGUCACAAGUGUCAACCACACAGAUACCCAGUUCGAUGACUAUCCAGAGCAGCUCCAUGGGAUCUUUGGUGACAGCACCAUUACCUGUAGCCAGUGCGUGGGGUGCUAAACCUCACAUCUCCUAUGCAACAGCCACUGGAUCUGUGGAGAAACCAGAAAACCACGAUAGUGGAGUUGAUGUUAGUGACCAACCUAAUUCUGCGAGCUCAUCCACGCGAAGCUCCCCAAGUGCAGAAAAUAAAUUGAAGAAUGAGAAGACAUCCUCGAUGACCCAUCACUUGAGAACUCAAUGUAAAGCAAUUCAUCCUGAAGAUGAUAAGCUUUCCAAUGCAGAGAAAUCUUCAUUUGGAUCACCUAAACCACAGAGGCAACCUAAGAUCACUAGAAGUGAAAAAGUCAGUGUAAAAGACACUAUGGAAAAGCCAGAUGGGAUUAAAGCGAUCAAGAAACCUGAGUCACUGAAAGAUAAAGCCAGAAAUGCAUCUGCUAUUGAAAAACCAGAACCUAUUCAACUUCCUCCAAGCUUCAGUAAAGUAACAAUGGAUGAGUCCAAUGAGAUCAAGCUUGACUUCAUCUAUGAUGAUGAUCUGGCCACCAGCUUUCCUGAUAAAUCUGAGCAGAAGACGAGUACAGCAGAGGAGGGUUCCCCUGUCACAGUGUCACUGUCUAGUGGGACGGGCAGUGACCACAAUGCUGGGCCUGCUUCUCCUGCAGCCCAAGAUCUGAACUCCAAAAUAGCAGCGGUCAAAACCUUCUGGGAAAGUGAUCAAACAACUGUCUUUGAUGUAAUGCCAGGUACUGCUGGAUUAGGGAACACAGUUGCUACUUCUGAAACGGAUCUAGCGAGUGCCCCAUCAUUUCAUAGCUUUAGCUCAGACAACAAUUUGGCAGGUCCUGACAGUUCUGGCUUAAAUAUAGAAUCGGUUGUCAUGUCUGUAGCUGAUGAUGGAAGCAGAGGUGCAUCUAAGAAUUUAUCUCCAAGAAUGCAGGAUGCAUUAACAUUUAAUUCAUCAUCUAUGGAUGCUUCGAUGGACAGCAAAAAUGGGGAGCAGACCAACGUAUGCAAGGUUAAGCCUCAACAGCUACAGUCUCAGUUGGAAUCUGACAGCUUGUCAAAUAGUGCAGGGAGUGGAGGUAUGCUAGGUGUGCCAACAGAGGACCCAAGUUCAUCUCUUCAGUCCAUGCUUUCCUCGCAACAUCCCUUUGUGAGUUUCCCUAUAGGAACCUCACAAAUUCUGCAACAAGAAACAAGGUUGAACCAGUCAAACUUUGGGUAUGGUCUGUCACAGCAGCCUCCUCCUAUGGGUCAACAGUCAUUGUUCAUGACCCCAUCUCAGGAGUCAUUUCCAAUGUCUCAGUUGUCAGCAUACAACAGGAACCAACCACAGCCACAGCAGCAACAGCAGCAGCAGCAGCAUGCUCAGUUUGGACAAACGCCCCCACAACAGAACACCAUCAUGGUGUCGUCAGCCACUUCAUCACUCAUGUCAACCUCCAUCAAGCCACCCAAUCAAAACACAGCUUAUGGAACAAUUCCGAAGAAUUUGGCCACAGGAUCGUUGCAGUUUGGACAGCAGAUGAACAGCACCUCUCUUCAGCCUUCACAAAUGUCUUUUAUACAGUAUGACCCCAGCACACUGUUUGGAAAUCUAACACAGCCUGCUCAGAAUGUUAAUAAUUCACAGAUUCUCAACUCUCACGUUGUUCAACAAAGGGUGCAGCCUCAUCAAGGAACCUCAUCCUUUUAUCAACAGUCACAGCAACCCAUGCAGCAAAGUUUCUUCUCAAAUCAGCCACAAUCAAAUAAUAUUCAGCCCAUGGGUAAUGGAAAUAGAAAAACAGGCGGAGAACAAUUGAUGUUUCAAGCUUGCAUACUAUCUGGAGCGCUGCAGCAAGCUGCUGCAGCAGGACCUCAAUUCUCCAUGCAAACCUUUGGAAAUCAGACCAAUAAUCCAGUUGCAACAGGGCUCAGUCUCCCCCUUCAGGCCUCCAAUCCAGCUGCAGCCGUAGCUCAGCAGGCACUGGGUCUGGGGCAUCAGACAAACGUCUCCAAAGUGUCACAGUUCAGCCACCCUUUGCAGCAGCCUAGCCAGACUCCAGUCUCACCUCAGAGCACACCUCUGAAGUCACCACCACAGAGCACGAACUUUGGUGUUGCAUCAUCUGUACAACAGUCACAAGGGGGAUCAAAGUUCUUUGGUACCAAUCAACUGCAAAAUCGAGCUGGAAAUCAGAGAUACAAUUUCACCAACAAUACAGUUCACAACAGCAUUAAUGCAGCCCAAUUUAAUCCGAAGAUAAAUCCAUCAUAUGGUCAACACAUGCAGUCUGGAGCUUCUGUUGUUCGACCACAAAUGUUGAUGAAUACUGCCAAUUUCCGGCCAAAUGUUCCACCAAGCCAAGGAAGUUUUCCAAACCCAAUACAACGACCUGGAGGACAGAUGCCAAGCAAUCCUCGACCUCCUCGUCCCCAGGGCAAAACUCCUGCCCCUCCUCCACCCCCACAAGAAAACAACUCAAAAACAGGGUCUGCAUUCAAAGCCCAACAAGCUAAGGAGAGACAAGGAUUGUUAGCUCAUGCCCAGAGUUUCCUUAAUCCACAGAACAAGCCUAGCAUCAAAAACUUGCCAGCUAAAGUUGAAACUGCUGCAAUUGAAAAGAAAGCCUCUCCAUCUCCCAAUGGUGGGGAACCGGACAGUAAACCCGCCACUGAAGUAACACAGUCGGGAGAGACAUCCCAAUAAAUCGUAAAAGCAUUAUAACUGGGCAUGUUAUUGUGUUAUAUCAAAUUUUAUUAUAUUUAUACAUUUAAUUUUAUACUUACUUCAUAGGAGUAACAGAUGUGCAUUAUUGUGAGCUUUUCCACAUAUUUUAUUUGUAAUGUAAGGCAUACUGCUGAGGUCUGUCAAAAUGUUGAGCUUUGUUGUUUAUCAUCAGUGUGAUGUCAUAUCCUAGCUGAAUUUGUACAGAUGUCAUGGAAUCUUUGUAAAUAGUCAUAAAUCUGUAAAGAAAUUCAAUAAGCAUACACUGUGACAGGUGAUUUUACAUACCUAGACACUAGCAGUUCUUCCGCUAUUCUAUUGCUGAUGAUAAAGAAAAGUGUUAACACAAAUGAAACUCGAAGACACUUUACAUUACAGUGAAUGAACUGAGUAAUCGGGUCUCUGUGAAACUUUUUAAUGGUCAAUUUUAACAUUUAAGGUGUGUGAUUGAUUUUAUGAAGGAUUUGUUUUAUUGAGUUCUAGUUGUCAGAACUUUUGAGCUCUUAAAGAAAUGUGAAAUCUUGUUACAUUGACCUUGACAGAAGUAUAAGGAAGGGAAAGACAUUCACAGGAAGGAUGUGAACGGAGAUAAUUCAGCACCCCAAGCCGAGAAAUGGGAUGUGAAAUUGGAGGGGAUGAGCUGAGUCCUGCCCCAGGCUCUGUCUCUACUCCCCUAACAGACUCGGGUGUAGGUAACCUGCCCUUUCCUCGCCCUUAUCUAAGUAUGUGAUGUGUGGACAGUAUAUAUAUCAAUGUAUUUAGAUGUUGUUUUUUCCCUCUCACAUGUUCUUUUUUUUAUUAGUUGUUUUCACAUAUUGUCCAAGGACACUAAGCAUGAUGAGUGUUUUAUCAUUGAGUCUGUCUGAACUUGACGUGAUCAGUAUGCGGAGAGAGUCUUGACAUAUUUAUCAGUAUGUGAGGGAUUCAUGUUGCGUCAGUUUUGAAGACAGUCUUAUGAUGAUAGGUGUGUUGAUUAUAUAAGCCAAAGAAUGCUAUUAAAAAUGUAAUGAUGAGCACAGAGGGAUUUUUGUUGUGGAAAAAUUAGUUUUAUUCAUUUGUGACCUUGAAAAAUCUCAGCUUGUAAACUAUGUAGCUCAUUGAAAUAAUAAAGGGCUAUGUAAAAGUA